AUGCCAGCUCUUAGCACUGUUAACACCCGCAGCUCCGUGGUGAGCUCCGGAACGUUGCACGAGAAAAACAGCCGUUCGCUGUUUGGUGCGAUCAAAAGUGCCUUCAAGCCCAAGAAAAAGUCUGGAUCGGGAGACGGCAGCCGGUCCCGACGCCUGUCGACAUUUAGCAUAGGCUCGGCCGGCAGCUCCGACAGCCGCAAAAAGCACACCCAAGAGGAGGAACUCGAACGCCGCCGUGCCAAUUGUCUCGCUAUUCGCAGCGCAAAACGUGAUCCCAUCGAGGUGCAAAAAUUGCUCGUCGACUGCGAGUUCUGCAACCCUCCCCCAAAAUACGGCAUCGAUAUUCCCAUCGUCACACCGCAAUUUACAGCAGCCAGUGUACGGCCGCCCACCAAGGAGGAGUUCGAACGCAUGGAGCAACAGCCAGAAGAAGUUUGGAACCCCGGCCUCCGAGAAUGGCUGCGCAUGAGAGAACUGUGGAACACUCCUACGAGCAACAAACAACCAGUGCAUCAUCUAGACAAAGACGUGAACCCGGACCGCUAUUUUGUCAUGUAUAACCGCUUUGUGCGAUUCACCAGGCCUCUCAAGAAGCCCCUCAACCUCGACGACGUGCUCAAGAUCGUAAAGGCCGGAUGGGUCUGCGAGGGCGAGUGGCACGAAGACCCCGCGGACAGGUGGAGUGACGAGGAGGAUAAUGAUCCGGCAUCAGCUCUGAAUUCUGCAUCAAACCCACUGUCUCUUGAAUCAUCGGUUUCCCCCAAACCAUACACCGGCGAGUCAUCAGCAAAGCAAGACACCGAAGAAGAUAAGUUGGCCGGGAGAGUCCAAUUCGACUUUGUUCCUCAUCCCCGCUACAAGGAGGGAACGCCGCAGGAUUCUACUACCCAUUCCACCGCCGAUGAAUGGCCUCCCCAACAACGGACUCAAAUGCGACCUUCGUUGGUCACCGCCGGUAGUCUUAGCCUUAUGCCUACCCGCUCGAAUCACUCUUCCGUCAUUUCUCUAACUGACGAGGAAUAA